AUUAUUGCUCGUCCAGGGUUUUAGCCGCCGCCGCCGCCGCCCCCGCCCCAGCCCCCCCACAGAGAGAAGCGAGCGACAGCGAGGUCGACGCCAUGGUGCAGCGCCUGACGUACCGGAAGCGGCACAGCUACGCCACCAAGUCCAACCAGACCAGGGUUGUCAAAACCCCAGGAGGGAGGCUUGUGUACCAGUACACCAAGAAGAGGGCGAGCGGGCCGAAAUGUCCGGUCACCGGCAAGAAGAUCCAGGGGAUACCUCAUCUAAGGCCUACUGAGUACAAAAGAUCCAGAUUAUCCAGGAACAGGAGAACAGUGAACCGUCCUUAUGGUGGUGUUCUAUCUGGUCAGGCUGUUAGGGAGAGGAUCAUCCGUGCUUUCCUUGUUGAAGAGCAAAAGAUUGUGAAGAAGGUUUUGAAGAUCCAGAAGACCAAGGAGAAGCAGCCAUCAAAGUGAAAUGGCCAAGGCUUUUUUUUGGAGGACAGAUGGUGAUGAGUGUUCAGUCAAGCGUGCGCAGUAUGCUAAGCCCGUGGUUACUGAAUUAUUAAGCUAGAGAUUUCCGUCCAUUUUCUUGUUUGAGGGGUGGAUCUGGAUCUCAUUACCCGUAUGCUAUCACUUUGUGUUUGACGGUUUGACUUGAGUACUUGGUUAUAUUACAGUUUUGGAUACCCUUUGCAGUAUUGUUAGUGGAUUUCGACUGCAAGCUGCAGUAUUUUCUGGCAA